ACAGAAGCUUGAAUGCUAGAAAUGUGCCAAGAUUUUGAAUUGAAUAUCUCAAAAUGACGCAAUAAGUAUUUGCAGGUGCAUACUUGAUUUAAUCACAAAAAAUCCUAGUAACAUCAUAUAUACAAACAUUUUGAUCUUACUUUGCACUUAAAUACAAAUAUUCCGCCAACCAAUAUCGCAGAAACUGCGAUCUCAUCAUGAGAAUUUAAUUCCGGACGCACCUCUCUAGCCAAGUUAUUUCUCACAAAUUAAUAUAAAACAGUUGACUGAUUGUUGGGUAAGAGAUAAGGUUUAUCGCUGACAUGAAAAUUAAUUUCUCCCGACAGUAUUUAAGAGAUUCGCCGAGUUGUCUAAUCUUCCAGUUAGUGCGCCCAAGUCGAACAGCUUAUUACAAAAUGCCUCCCCAGACGAAGGAUGAAGAGGUUACCGAAAGGCAGGUCGCCAUUCCGGAUUGGGUUGAGCCAAAAGUCUUUGAGGAUCUGCUCAAAAGGAAGGUCAAGGAUUAUAGGAAGACCAAAUCCAUGAGGGCUAAGGCAGGAGUCGCUGCUGGCGAGAACUAUGCCACCGUAAUGCUAAGAAUUGAACUGGACGUUGAGAAAGAAGAUAACACUCAAACAACCGAGGCGUUCAUGCUUAAAACUCCCCACCAGUCAGAGCUGUAUCGCAAACUAGUAGAAAAGACAGAUAUCUUCGAUGUGGAGCGUGGCAUGUAUCUGGAAGUAGUGCCCGAACUGGAGCAACUGUAUCGCGAUGUGGGCUUGGAGGUCAAGUUUGGAGCAGAACUCUACGAGAUAGAGGCCGGCGACUACUAUGUCCUGCUGGAGGACCUCCGACCACGUGGCUUCAGGAACAUAGACCGCCUGGAAGGCAUGGACCAGGCUCACACCGAAUCUGUGCUCAAGAAGUUUGCCCAGUGGCAUGCAGCAUCUGCAGUCCGAUUCGAAACCAAGGGCCCGUAUCAGGAGAAGUACACGAAGGGUUUUUUAAAGAACGAGGACAUCGUAGAAGCGUUCUUCAACCGGAGUAUAAAAGUUUUUCUGGAAAACGUCCAUCUGUGCAAAGAUUCAGAGACCUAUCUAAAUGAUUUUCGCAUUGUCUCCGGCAAGACAUUUGAAAUUGUGGAUAAUCUGAACAAUCCGAGUCCUGAUGAGUUCGUUGCGUUAAACCAUGGCGAUGGUUGGGCCAAUAACAUAAUGUUCCAGUACAACACGAAAGGCGAGAUACAGGAUACCUACUUUGUCGAUCUGCAAGUCCCUAAGUGGGGCUCAGUGGCACAGGAUCUUUACUACUUCCUUAUGUCUUCCACAAGCUUGGACAUCAAAAUAUCAAAGUUUGAUUACUUCAUCUGGUUUUAUCACGCCGAACUGGUGAAGCAUCUGAAACUGCUUGGGUAUUCGAAAACACUACCCACCUUAAGGAGUAUUCACGACGCUCUCAACAAAUACAGUGGAUGGGCGUUCAUCUGCGCCUCUACUAUAUUGGCAUGUGUCCUUCUGGAUCCCAUAGACGGAACUGAUUUCGAUAAGGUUCUUGGUGACGACGACAGCGCCUUUAAGAAAUCGCUCUACAUAAACCCCAGGUUUCGCAAGCAUAUGGAGGUUCUAUUGCCAUGGCUUCAGCAUCGAGGAGCUAUGGAGUAGAUACUUAGCAUGUACUUAAAUCGCAUAAACACCUUUUUUUAAAUAUGAACUGUAAGGAUGGCAUAUAGAAACACGCUGCUGUGUUUUUGUAGUAAUGUUACUAUUUAAGGUUGUUUAGCAAAUGGUGUUCCCCAUAACCGGAGUCUCCAUUUGUGAAUAUGAAUAUCACUAUAGUUAUUAGUUCAUUGGCAUGCCAUUAUUUUAAUUAUCUCCAAACACCUAUAUGACAUUCAAGCCUUUAUAUGGGCACAUAUUCGUAUAUAUAUACAUCAUGUAAGUGCACCGAUGCAUACCACCCA